UUUCUCAUUGUUAAUAAACAAACACGCGAUUGGUACGCGUAAUCGUGGAUCGGCCGGUUACGCGAAAAAUCUGAACUGUGAGAAAAACGCCGAGAUAGUAGAGCGGGGUAUCCGGCGUCAUGGAGGAUAGACUGUAACGAUUGCCCGCGAGCGGUGCCCGUGCAUCAUUCGGUCGGAACAUCGGUUCUCGAUUUCGUGCUUUUCUGUCGGGGCGAUUAGCCGCCGCGUCCGAUCAUCGCGAUUAACGAACGUUUUCGAAUAUUCCGUUAUACGAUUAGUGUAUGUAACGUCGUGCGCGUAUCACGUCUCUCGGUGUUGUAAUACAGAUACACAGCGAGCAAAGCAAAAUGGUGUUAGCGGAUGAGUUUGCUGGUGAUGGCGUUGAUUUAUAUGAUGACGUGAUAGCAGCUCCCGCUGGUGGUAAUGGUGGCGUUUCUACAGGCAAUAGCGGAGAUGGUGGAGGUGACAGUACAUCACCAAAGGAAGAAACAAAUGGCAGUGCCCCGUAUCAUCAACUCGGGAAUAACAUUCAACCAAACCAAAUUGGAAGACGUCACCAAUUAUAUGUUGGAAAUUUAACUUGGUGGACAAGUGAUCAAGAUAUAACUGAUGCAGUACAAAGUAUUGGAGUAUCUGACUUUGUGGAAGUAAAAUUCUUCGAAAAUCGAGCAAACGGACAAUCCAAAGGCUUCUGCGUGAUUUCUCUGGGUUCAGAACAAAGUAUGAGAAUAUGCAUGGAAAGAUUACCCAAGAAAGAAUUACAUGGACAAAAUCCAGUAGUAACAUUUCCUACCAAACAAGCCUUGAAUCAAUUCGAGUCUCAGUGCAAGACACGUCCGGCUCCGGCUCCUCAGCAAAGUCAAAGUCAGCGUCCCCAUAAUCCGCAUCAACAUCAACCACCAAUGCCGCCUCAUCAACAGCAUCCACAGCAUCCCCAACACCCUCAACAUUCACAACAAAAUCAUGGUCCUAGGAUGAUGAUGGGUCCUCCGCAGGGUGUGAGACCACAGAGAAUGCCACCACCAGGUAUGGGUCCGCCAGGUCCAGGUGGACCUGGCCAACAAGGCCCACCACGUAUACAUGGUCCACCCAUGGGACCUGGACCUGGACCGCAUCAUCCUUUACCUGGACAUCCGAACCAGGGUCCACCACCUCCUCCUGGAUAUCAACAGGGACCUUGGAACGGUCCAAGACCAAAUGGUCCACCUGGACCGCCUAGAGGUCCAAGCGGACCCGGUGCUCCACCACAACAAGGACCACCCGGACCAGGUCCUGGCCAACAUCGACCACCCGGAAUGAGUUGCACUAGAGACCUUUCAGAAACCAGUUACCAUAUGCCACAGCAGUUUCAUGGUGGUCCACCUGGUCCACCCGGUCAGGGGCCUCCACGUGGUCCACCUGGUCAUCCUGGUGGACCUCCGGGUGAUCCGAGAGGUGCCCAACCACGUCCAGAAUGGAAUAGACCACCAGGAAUGCAUCACGGGCCUCAGGGACCACCAGGUUUCCCUCAACAUCAACAUAUGCAAGGCCCGCAACCUGGUCAAGGCCCACCACAGAGAGGACCUCCUCCAGGUUCUAUGGGUGGAAUGUUGCCAGGUCCAGGAGGACCCCCGCCCGGACACGGAGGACCGCCUCAAGGACCACCGCAAGGACCUCCGGGAGGACCAGCGCCGCACGUUAAUCCAGCAUUCUUCCCGCAAGGACCGCCUCAUCAACAUCCGGGACAACAUCCACCAGGUCCUCCAGGUCCACCUCAUGGACCACCACACGGUCCACCUCAUGGUCCUCCCCAUGGUCCUCCUCACGGACCUCCUCAUGGUCAGCCUCAUGGGCCUCCUCAUGUGCCACCGCACGGUUAUGGACCACCUGCGACACAACCACCCUACGGUGCACCGGGACCCGAUCAUCGCCCAGAAGGACCUCCUCCACUCACAGAACAAGAAUUCGAAGAGAUUAUGAGUCGAAAUAGAACAGUUUCUUCCUCUGCCAUUGCUCGAGCAGUGUCAGACGCUGCGGCAGGAGAAUACGCGAGCGCCAUAGAAACCUUGGUUACAGCCAUUUCCUUGAUAAAGCAAUCCAAGGUCGCUGCAGACGACAGAUGCAAAAUUCUGAUCAGUUCUCUACAAGAUACUUUACGCGGUGUUGAAACCAAGAGCUACGGCUCCGCGCGAAGAGAACGAUCACGUUCGCGCGAUAGAGAACGCAGUCACAGGAGGAGGCGCGAACGAUCAAGAAGCCGUGACAGAGAGUACAGAGAGAGAAGCAGGGAUAGGGACAGAGAGCGCGACAGAGAACGCGAUCGUGAGAGGGAAAGAGAUCGUGAUCGUGACAGGGAACGUUAUUACAGUGAACCAUAUCCACGGGAGAGAUCACGAAGCAGGGAGAGGGAACGUGAACGUGAAAGAGAUCGCGAGUAUAGAGAGCGAAGCAGAGAAGAAAGUACGACACGUCAGUCAGCCAGGCCAAGAGUAAAAGAAGAACCGCCAGAGACGGCUCCCGUCUCGUCUUCCAAGGCGUCUAGGUAUUAUGACGAUCGCUACAGAGAACGUGAACGAGACAGAGAUCGAGAACGAGAAUCAAGCCGCAGACCAUCGGAGAGAGAACGAGAACCGGAGCGUGAACGGGAACGUGAACGAGAAAGAGAUCGCCGCGACGAACGUGGAGACUCCUCGCAUCGCUCGAGACAUUAAAACCUACUGUAGCGCUCGGCGAGAGAAAGAGAGAGAGAGAAAUGAGAGGAGAGGAUUUUUGAGCGGAACGGGGAAAGGAACAAUCAAGACAAGGACACACGGCGGCGAACCAGUAUAUCGUUGGAAUGAUAUCUCAUCGUUGACUCCCCUGCGGUAUCAUCGUUUCGCGGGAACAUCGGGAACGAAACGGACCCAAGAGGACACGCAGUUAUUCUGUUCAUCUGAUUCACAAAGCGUCUUAACACCUCUCCCGAUCAGUUUGUCGCUCUCGCCGUGGUGAACUGUCUGUAAAAACCGCGUGGACUUCGAAUAUUCAUUUACGAACGCUUUACGGUCAUUCAAUUUGAAGUCCUGCCGUUUCCUUUAUUUCCAUUAUAUGCACAUCGAUCAGAGACAAAAAUGUAAUUAGUCGCUUUCGUUUGAAGAGCUCCAACGGAUGUUGGAUAUGUAUCGAUUGAAUUACUUCUCGUCGUGUACCGAGUAAUCGUAGUUACUUAUAAUUAAUUAAGUAUCGUCCAAGCAGACCGUAAAGCGUUGAUUCCGUUGCAGUGUGGUAGAUAUAUCAUGUUUCUGGGACAUGCAAGUAUUGAGUUACUGAAACUUGAACAGUUUUAAUCAAGUGUAAUCAGUAGGUCGAAGAUUCGUAUAUAGAGCAGCCAGGAUUGUAGAUGUUCGGCCAGGAAGGUGUUAAGACAAUUUUUAAAAGUAUUUCGAGCCUACAAACUUAACGCGAGGUUUUACCAAGUUACCGUACGGAUUCUUUAUGGGAUUCUUAUACAUACACAUAUAUACAUGUGUACACUACAUACAUGUGAUAUAUAUGUGUGCGUGUGUGUAUGUAUAUAUGUAUAUAUAUUUAUACACGCCGUAGUGUUUUGCGUAUAUGUUUCUUUUAAAACUCACUACUUUUUUCCUCUGUCUUGACGCAGCGUGCAUUCUAUAUGUAUGUACACAUAUCAUACGUAUAUAUAUGUAUGUGUAUGUGUAUGUACAUAUGUAUAUUACACUGACAAGACGCGAGUGGAACGCGUGAAUACACACAUACAUACAUAAUAUCUCUAUGUAACAUUUAAA